UCUUGGUGCUGGAGGAAAAAAACACAGCAUCAGCCCCAUCAUCAGCAGACGCCAGCGAUCAGGAAGCUUUCUGAGGUAUGGUCCUGUGCUGAUGGCGCACUCUGAGCUGUUUGUGACAAGAGCGCCCCCUGUGGAGGGGAGAGCUGUGGAGCUGGAUGUUCUGAGCUUCCUGGACUCUUUUGGGGACGAAAACAGCACCGCAGAGAGAUGCUACCGCUCGCACUCCCGCAGCAGCGUCCUCCAGGGUCUGCCGUUUGGAGGGAUACCCACUGUCCUCGCCAUCAAUGUCGUGCUUUGGAUGUUCCUGUUGCUCAUCUUCUCCUGUCUGAGGAAGGCUGCUUGGGACUAUGGCCGCCUGGCUCUGCUCAUGGAGAAUGACAGUCUCACGUCUUUGUUUUAUGGAGAACCAAGUGAGAAAGAGAAGUCUCCAUCAGAGUCCAGCCCCUCUGACUCUGAGACCAAGGACAUGGGCUUCUGCUCGUGGCUCUCAUCACUUUGCCAUAUGAAGGAUGAAGAGAUCCGUAGCAAAUGUGGCAUUGACGCCGUCACAUACCUGUCCUUCCAGCGCCACAUCAUCCUGCUCAUGACAGUGGUUUGCCUGCUGUCUUUGGCCGUGAUCCUGCCGGUCAACUUUUCCGGGAACCUCCUGGGAGACAGUCCUGAAAACUUUGGAAGAACAACACUGGCUAAUGUUAGCGCAAAGGACAGCUUUCUGUGGCUCCACAGCAUCUUUGCUCUGGUCUACUUCAUCAUCACAUUGCUGUGUAUGGCUCACCACUUGAUCCGGCUGGAGUACAGAGAGGACGAGAAGGUAGCCAGGACACUGAUGAUAACCUCCAUACCAAGAGAGAUUUCUGACCCAGGACUCAUCACCAAACACUUCCAUGAGGCCUACCCCAGCUGUACUGUCACUGAUAUCCGUUUCUGCUAUGAUGUCCACAAGCUGAUGAGGCUGGACUUAGAGAGGCGCAAGGCAAUGAAAGGAAGGCUGUACUUUGCCACAAAGGCCCAAAAGGAGGGAAAGAUCAUGAUCAAGACUCACCCGUGUGCUCAGAUAUUCUGCUGCGACAUCUGUGGCUUUGAGAAGGUGGAUGCAGAACAGUACUACAGCGAGUUAGAAGAGAAGCGUACGGAUGAGUUUAAUGCUGAGAAGAACCGCAUCUCCAUGAAGAGGCUGGGCAUCGCCUUUGUGACUUUUCGUGAUGAGAGGAUGACUGCUGUAAUUGUGAAGGACUACGGUUUCGUUCGCUGCCGCCGCAGACCGCAGCAGUCCAGCAUCACCACUGUGGUGCAGUCGCACAAAUGGGGGGUCGGCUAUGCACCUGCACCUAGUGACAUCAUCUGGGAGAACCUGUCAGUGUGCGGAUCUCGCUGGUGGCUCCGCUGUGUUCUCCUCAACAUCCUCCUCUUCCUGCUGCUCUUCUUCCUCACCACCCCCGCCAUCAUUGUCAACACAAUGGACAAGUUCAACGUCACAAGGCCUGUGGACAGUCUGCGGAGCCCUGUCAUUACCCAGUUCUUCCCAACCCUCCUGCUUUGGGCGUUUUCAGUGCUCCUGCCCUUCAUCGUCUACUACUCAGCCUUCUUUGAGUCCCACUGGACCAGAUCUGGUGAGAACCAAGUAACAAUGCACAAGUGUUUUUUCCUGCUGGUCUUCAUGGUCAUCAUCCUGCCCUCACUUGGUCUGUCCAGCCUGGACCUUUUCUUCACAUGGCUCUUUGAUGUCCAUUUCCUGGAUGAGAAGGAGGUCAAAUUCCAGUGUGUGUUUCUUCCCGACAACGGUGCAUUCUUCGUAAACUAUGUGAUUACAUCCAGCCUGAUCGGCACAUCCAUGGAGCUGCUUCGUAUACCAGCGCUGACGGUGUAUGCCCUCCGCCUCUGCUUCGCCAAGUCCCAAGCUGAGCGCAUUCAUGUCAGACGGAGUCAGGCCUAUGAGUUCCAGUUUGGCCUGGAGUACGCCUGGACCAUGUGUAUCUUUGCAGUCAGUAUGACCUACAGCAUCACAUGUCCCAUUAUAACGCCCUUUGGUCUCCUCUAUGUGAUCCUGAAGCACAUGGUCGACCGAUACAACAUCUACUAUGCAUACGUUCCCACCAAACUCAGCCAGCGGAUCCACAGAGCAGCCAUCAGCCAGGUUAUCCUGGCUCCCAUCCUCUGCAUGUUCUGGCUGCUCUUCUUCUCUGUGCUCAGAUUAGGUCCAACGCAUCCCAUCAGCCUCUUCACCUUAGUGUCCCUGCUCUCCUGUAUUGCCUUCUCCCUCUUCCGCUUGUGCCUUAGGAAGCAACCAGACAAGUCGACAAGCUACCAGAUGUCUGAUCAGCCGGCAGAUGGGACGUUCAGUGAUGGCGACAGAUCUACUGUAACAUCCACCACUGCCUCCAGUCUGUUUGUGGCGUCCGUGCUGCUGGAGCCAGAGCUGGCUUUGACUCCCAUGCCCUCCCCGGCCCACCACAGCUACGGCGCCAUGGCCAGCUCCCAGAGUUCAAGCCACGGCCCAGCAGAGGAAGAGGAGUGCGAGGAGGACCACGCCCAGACUCAUGAGACUGAGCUCCAAGAUCCCCCAGACCCCUACUGCUCCAGCCCACUUAUGGACAGCCCCGUUGGGUUCCACUAACGCCAAAUCCCCCACGAGCUAAUUCCACGUGUCCUUCACCUGUGGAUUGCUAAACGCCGCAAUGCUGACCUCAGACUCCAACUUAGCUGCCUCAGACCCUGAGACCAGACUGGGCUUGUUAGAGAGGAUGGGGAAGCUGAUGUGGAAAGAAGCUUAAGAAUACAGGAGCACGAUCCAUGUAAACAUCACUAUCUAUAUAUAUAGACAGCAGUUUGCCAAAACAUCUUGUGAACCUGUCUCAUGGACACAAACAUCAGUCUCCACAGAAGACACAUCCCUAAAUGUACAGAUUAUUUUAGUUAAACUAUUGGAUGCUCUGUGACAGGGAUUCUUCUUCUAUGGCUUCAUUUGCAAGUUAAAAAGGUUAAAAGAGACUGGGGUGGAAUUGCCUUGGGGUUGCUAUCACAGAUACUCUGUUCAUACUUGCCACUUGGACAUGAGCGGAGGUGAAAGUUCCCAUCAGAGUGGGUGGUGUGAGCAGGCUCGCCCCAGCAGACUGACAGAGUGGUCUGGGCGCGGGUGAUAUCUGGUUCCUCGGCAGCAGAGCUAGAGGAGGCUGAGGGUGAGGGCAGCUAGUUGUGAAGCCAUCUGCAGUGAGAGAGCAGACAGACGGAGGGCCAAGAUGUACUGUAAUAUAUGUACACUCUCUCCAAGGAGGCACAAGCAGCUUGACUGUACCUGCAGCUUGUUGUAACUAUUAUCAAUUUAAGGUUGCUAUUUUUGCUACAGUAUUUUUGGUGUCAUUGAUAUUGUGCUUUGGGUUUGGGGCGUGGGCUACUGGAGGUUGUAUAAGGAUUUGCAGAGCUGUCCCAUCUUAAUCAGACUUUUCCCUUAUUAUGCUGUUUUGACUAUGUAUGUGAUCCAAUUAAAUUUUUGUUUAUUAUUUUAAAGGAAUAGUUCAACAUUUUGCUUAGACUGGUUUGCUUAAUGGCAGAGAGUUAGAUGAGAAAAUCGAUACCAAUCUUAUGUCUGUACGGUACACAAGAAGCUACAACCAGUUAGCCUAGCUUAGCAUGAAGACUGGAAACACUCACGUCACUACAGUAACUUAUUGAAUUCUACUUGUUAAAAAGUAGCAACUUCAGAGACUGAAAAUGAAGCCGACGCAGUGCUGAAAACUGCAGUUCCUCAAAUGGCCACUUGAGGCUGGCUCCAAAACAGUCUCCACAGACCCCCAUGUUACAAUGCCCAACUUUACAGUAGAAAUAAACAUGUUUACAGCCUAGUACAAAAACUUUUCCGGUCUUUAUAGCUAAUUCCAACAUUAAUGACAACUGUAUGUUUGUGAGUUUGUAUUUAACUCACCCAUUCACUUUUUUCUGAACGCCUAAAGUUACAUAUAAUUAAGGGUGGAGCCGGUGGAGUGACCGGCUGUCUGCAAGGCUUCACCACAGUCUAUGAGUCAGAUCCACCCCUCGCUCCUCAACAGCUCCACAAUCUUUCCAAAUAUGGUUACCUCGGGUCACUUAUGACUCCAAAAAUCAAAGAAAGUGAUGGACAUAAUGCGGAACAGGAGUCCAUUAUUUUUAUACAGUUUAUGAUUGUCACCAAGCCCCAAAUAAGCGUGCCAGGCUUUGAAGCCAAUUUUACAUAGUGGCCAAACAUAGAAUUACAAUGUCAGGGUCUGUCACUUGAUGCCAUGGGCUCAAAAAGACUUUCCCGCAGACUUAAAUUGUGAAAGAAACGUCUGUAAGUCAGUGGAUAAAUGUUUUUGAGUGUCACAACCCCUGCAAAAUGAGUUGUUUAACUAUUGGGAUAUGAUACAGCCGAUCCGAUAACAUUCGAAAGUCGAGAAGAGCCACACAAUUAAAUCAUUUUAUCCUCACUCAAGUUAGCAGAGUGCUAAACUGAAAGUUAGCCGCUGCUCUAUGGAAAAUUCAAGUAAUUUCAUACCACAAAAAUCAAGCUUUAUCAGCUUCAUGUGCCACUGAGCCCCCCCAAAAAACAUACAUUUUAUACAUUAGUUUUACUAUGAAUUAAACAAAUGUGAUAUAGCAUGUUAUUUAUUAAGCUUUAAAGGUGCUUUAUUGUGCUUUGUUUCCUGUGGACGGAGCCAGGCUGACUGUUUUCCCCCAUUUCCAGUCUUUAUGCUAAGCUAAGAUAAGUUGCUUAUAUCAGAUAGUUUAUAUCAUCUAACUCUCAGCAAGCAAACAAAAUUUGUUUCUUUCCCAAAAUGUUGAACUAUUCCUAUAAGUUGUGUGAGCUAUGGAAAAAUUUGAAGCACAUCCUGAAAUUAGAACAUUUUGAAAAUAUGCUGAAAGUAACUACACUGUAUGUUACCUCUUAAACUAUUAUGUUGCCAUAAUGGCUCCAAUUUAUUUAUUUAUUUGUUUAGUGUUGGUAAAUAUUUGUGCUAAAAUUACAUUUUCUCCCCAAAUACAAACAGUAAAAAUCAAGCACUACCAUACUGUACCAUGGUUUUAGUUGCAUUAAUGUAUUCUGUGUGACACGCCACUGCAUGUUAUGUUGUACAAAUGAGGUAUGCAUUUCUAUCCUUAUUCAUAAUAUCCAGUUUUAAAUGCUAUUUUCAUUGCUUUGCUGUCUGUGUGUUUGCAGGUUUUGUAUUUUGGAGUUGUUUUUAUUUGAUGAAAGUUUUUCUCAUGAAACUGAAUGUAAAGUGAUUGUAGUUCAUUCAUUUCUCUUGCUGUGCCUUGAACAAACACUCCUUUUUGUGUGACAAUCCAGCAUGGCCUGAAAUAUGCUGCAUGGACUGAAAACUAAAGAGUGGAGAAACAUCUAAGAGAUGAAAACACAACAACAAACGGAUAAACAACCCAGAGUAGUGAUUUUCGUCACACAGUCAAUGGGUAGCUCAUUCUGUUAGUCACGAGAGCAGCAGUAGGCUCAUUCCACUAACAUACUGACAAAACAAUCUUCAAGCACUUACUACCAUUUUCUGGAGCUUUCAAACCAUAUCACAUGGUCUUCAUCUGCAAAUUAGUUUGUCACAGAAUUGUGGAUGAUAAAACUUUCCACUUUUCAGUGCAUGUUUAGGAGUUUUCUCCAUGCUUGACAGCACAUUCUUGACUAUGCUAAAAAAGAAAAAGAAAUCUCUACUCGAGGUCCACUUACUUGCUCUUUGUGGAACUUUAAAAGUCUAAUGUGGAGGAUUUAGAGUCAUCCAAUGCUAACAUUAACAUUGUCGCCUCACAGCAAGAGGGUUCCUGGUUCAAAAUUAGGGUAGGAUCGAAUCCCAGGGUGGGGAGUCCUUCUGUGCAGAGUUUGCAUGUUCUCCCCAUGUUUUCUCUGGGUACUCCGGCUUCCUCCCACAGUCCAAAGACAUGCAGGUUAAUUGGUGACUCUAAAUUGGCCGUAGGUGUGAAUGUGAGUGUGAAUGGUUGUCCGUCCCUAUGAGUCAGCCCUGUGGUAGUCUGGUGACCUGUCCAGGGUGUACCCCGCCUCUCGCUCAAUGUCAGCUAGGAUGGGCUCCAGCCCCCGCACCCCCAGGAUAACAGGAUAAGUGGUUACAGAAAACAAAUGUAUGAAUAAGAAUAGUUGUGUGUUUGUUACCUUAGAAUGA